AUGGAUUGGUCCCCACGUGCACUUCGCUGGCUGCUGCUGGACACGCGUGCGGACCCAGUGCGUGUGGAGAUCGUUGCCGUCUUGACUGGCACUCUUGACGGAAUCGCGGUCGAUGGAUUGGUCCCCACGUGCACUUCGUUGGUUGCUGCUGGACACGCGUGCGUGCAUUCCUCAUCCAGCGACUACGUGGAGAUCCACACGCCCAAGCUGGUCGGUGGCGCCUCGGGGAGCGGAGCCAACUACUUCACACUCAAGUACUUCGACCAGGACGCUACCUUGGCUCAGAGUCCGCAGACGUACAAGCAUAUGGCGUGUGAUGUUGCUAGUCUCGAGCGCGUAUUCGAGAUCGGCCCGGGCUUCCGUGCUGAGACCUCGAGCACGCAACGUCACAUGUGCGAGCUCGUGGGUCUGGAUCUGGAGAUGACUAUUAAGGCGCACUACCACAAGGUGCUCACAGAGAAAGAGAAGUGGCUGGGUCGUCUCAUCAAGGAGAAAUACGACACAGACUUCUACAUCCUCGACAAGUUCCCGCUGGCUGUGCGUCCGUUCUACACGAUGCCAGACCCGACGGACAAGCGUUGGAGCAACUCGUACGACAUAAUGAUCCGAGGCGAGGAGAUGGUCUUGUAUGCUCAGCAUGUGCACGAUCCCAAGCUGCUGAUGGAGCGUAUGGACGAACUGGGUGUGCCUCAGGAGUCGAUGCGCAACUACAUCUACUCUCUCCGUCUUGACUCUCUGCCCCACGGUGGCGGUGGUAUUGGUCUGGAGCGUGUGGUCAUGUUGUACUUGGGUCUGGGCAACAUCAGUAAGUCCUCCAUGUUCCCGCGUGACCCCAAGAGGUUGCUCCCUUAA